AGAGAGAUGUCAGUAGUUUUGUAUAUGGCGCCAGCAAUGUAUAAGUAAAAAAGAAGAAACUUUUUGAUCCUAACCUCAAUUUUAAGUGUUUUUCUUUUUUCUCAAACAUUUUACAAUAUUAAAAUAUACACGUCACAUAACUAUUUAUAACAGAUAAUUAUUGCUCUUUACUAGUACGUGAGCCACAGGUCUUAGUUAUCCUUUCGUAAAAUUAUCCAGUUCAAUGGUUGGACUCCCUAGGCAAGAAAUAAAUUUGAGAAGAUUGCUAACAAAAUGCGAACUGAUGUGCAAAACCCAAAAGGACGACGAAAGAUUGGAAAAAUAUGUUAACACCCUGGAGGAAAUGGUACAGGACAUAAAAAAGAAUGCAGAAACCUCGAUAGAUUCUCUUAAAAAUUACCAAAAACGCAUUAUGGGCAUCAAAACAGUUUUAGGAAUCACAAGUAUCAGCAAAUAUGAUGAAUUUAACAAUCCUAUUGCUACAAGAGAAGCCCUGUUUGAAAUGAGGCAAAGAAAUGUGUCAAAACCAGGCAUAGAUUCCACAGACUUAGAUCAAGUUUUAAAAUACCAAGAAGACAUUCAAACUAGGAUCGCCGAAGAAAUGCUAGAUUUUACGAAGACCUUGAAGGAACAAUCGGAAAUAGCUAAUAAAAUAAUAAAACAAGAUACAGAAGUUCUCACUAAUUCAACUAAUAUAACAGACAAAAAUUUCGCAAAAUUAGCCACAGAAUCCACUAAAUUGGAGGAGCAUUCCAAGAGGGCUUGGAAGUGUUGGAUGUGGGUUAUGUUGUUGAUUGUUUUAGUUGUCUUUAUGAAUAUGGUGUUAUUUAUGAAAGUAAUGAAGAAAAGCAAAUAAUGAAAUUACUAGGAUUUAGAUGGCUUAUGGUUGGUGAAGGUUUUGGUUGGUUAAUAAUGGAUCAAGUUAGAAUAAAAAAGUUGGAAGACAAAAUGCAACAACUAUUGCAUUGUGUCUUCAGGACUAAUGUUGAUUGUACGGUAACCUAAACUGCCUUGCACUGUAAUUUUUUUUUAACUGUAUUGUGGUAUUUUGUAUUUUUUUUCUAUGUUUAUGUACUGAAUUCCAUUUAUGAUUGGGGCUUAUUUAUUUAUCCAUCACCAAUGGACAAAAAUAAUAAAAAAAAAACAUUUAGGAAAAAACCCAGUUUGAUUACUAUUUAAUUAAAUAACAAUAAUAAUUACAAACGUCAAUAUCCAUUAAGUGCUGCAGUUAAAUUACAAUCAGCCUUGUUCCUGCUAAAAUAUCUGUUAAAAUCUAAGUGCAUUAGUAGCUGCAAUAAAUGUCCUCCACUCACUUUCUUAUGAAAUCGGUGCAGCACGACUAGUAAAGUUUCUAUGGCAAUAUCGGAGCGUUUUUGAAAACUUUCCAAUUCUUCAUUGUCGGCUUCUGUAAGACUGGCCUCCCAAGUGUUUGCAAUCAAGGAAAAUUCAUCGCAAAGUUCCAAUAGUCUUGUUAUAACCCUGUACACUUUGCUUGGGACGUUGUUUUGUAAAGCCGGCACUUGAUAUAACCUGUAUUUACUUUUACUGUCUUGAGACUGAAAAAUAAAUGUUAACUAACUUGUUUAUGAUUAAGCAAAUGCAUACUUCAUCUGGCGUUAGGACAAAACUUUUAGCCAAAAGAUUUGUAAUAAAUUCUUGAUGAAUUUUAAUAAAAUCUUCAAAUUCACUGGCACUCUCGACAGCUUUCAGGAUUAUAGAAAAUUGAGUUUCAAUCACAUUAACUUGCAUGUAAUAUUGAAGAUUGUUGACCAAAAACAUUAAGUUUUGACGAAGUGUCCAUACACGUCGAUCACUAGAAAAAAUUGUUAAAUAAAAAAAUUAUUAUAUUAAAUAACAUACAUUUUUUGUUUGCUCAAAGUGUGAUUGGACCACAGCUUCAACAAAUUAAUUUCAGUUUUUUUCAGUCGCAAUAAAAAACAAAAUAAUUUAUUAUAUAGCUCCAUUACUUCUGGAUGGAACACUAUGUGUAGUGGCCAUUGGAUUUCGAAAUUUAAUUGUAAGUGUUGCCAGAGAUUUGAAUCUAAAAUAAUAAUUUAUUAAUUGAGAAAAACAUAUUUGUUGUUUUCUUUUACUUGAAGUUUCCACAUGAUUAGAACUCAGCUCAAACUUUUGAUAAGUUUUAUCAUUCUCGCCGUAAAUUUUCCUUGAGGUUUCGUGAAAUAAGAAAUUUAUUUGUUGCAUUAAAGCAUUCGCUGGCACGUUUUUCAAAUUUGUAUUUGACGCAGUUAAAAAUUGCUGGAAAAGUUCUCCUUUGCCAAGCGCAAAAAAAUCUCUAAUUAACUUUAAAUGAUCUACAAGAUUUCCUUCUUCAAGCAUUAUAGACCAAAGAAACUUAAAGAAAAUAUUAGAUUAGAAAUAAAUAAAAACUUGCUUUGUAGUUAUACCUUGGUCAAUUUUGUUCGGCAUUCUUCGAUAGUUUUCUUAAAUUGUACAGCAUUAAAACUCUGGUCCGCCAGUACUUGUAUUUUAUUAUAAUACUCAAUUUCUUUGCCUUCCCAAAUAUCUCUUUUGAAUUUUGUGUUGUAAUCGUCAAUAUUUUCUUCUUUUUUAGGAUCAUUUCUAAUAAUCCAUACUAUUCUUCCCAUAAAAAGAAUACUUUCAGCCGAAUCUUCGCUGAUAAACAUUGGAACCUUCUCCCAGUUGAUGUAAAAUUUUCUUACUGGUGGUGGACGUCUAAUUUUUG